ACAAGUGAAACAUGCAGGAGGGCCAAAAAUGAAGCUGUCAAACCCAACCACCAAACGAAAAGAGCUAAAAAGGGUUAGCAAUCUCGGGAAGGCGCUGAUCUAAAGCACUGCGCUGUUUUUACGCACGGCUGGUCAGUGCAUUAAACCGAAACGUGUUAAGAUAUCUUAUGCAAAUAGUGUAAUAAAAGUCUAACAAAGCUGAUUUUGUAGUAAAUGCAGGAGAAAAUGUUGGGUACCAGCGGCUGCGCGCUCGGGACGGGGAAGGGAAGGGAAGGGGAAGGGGAAGCGACACUGCUGCUGGCGCGUCGGAAAAAAUGUGGAUCAUGGCUCGGCGUAGCGAAAUGGUUGGCUGGAGAGAGAGGAGCUGCUGCGCGUUGAGUGGAGGGAUGGAGGCGGGGGGGAAGGAGCAUCUCUGCGGGGACUGGAGCUGAGGACGGACGGCGCAGUGCUGGCUAUCGUUCAACCCUCCCCUUCUUCCUCCACAACGACGCCGGAGCGAGAGCCAGAGACACAGAUAAGCUGUACAUCAACAAAUGAAUGGAGAUAUGGAGGCCGCCACCCAGGACCAAGUGUGGGGACAAGAUGACCUCCUAAAACUUCUUGAAGCGAUGAAAGUGGCCCUUCCUCAAAAAGACCUGACAAAGUACAAAACAUCGGAGUCCCACCUUGACUGGCAGAAGGUCGCAUUCAACACCUACACUGCAGACAUGUGCAAACAGAAAUGGCUGGAGGUUUCUAAAGAGAUCCGUAAAUUCAGGACCCUUACCGAGCUAAUUAUUGAUGCUCAAGAUUACAUAAAGAAUCCUUAUAAGGGCAAGAAGUUAAAGAAACAUCCAGAUUUCCCUAAAAAGCCUUUGACGCCAUACUUCCGCUUCUUCAUGGAGAAGAGGGCCAAGUAUGCAAAGUUGCACCCUGAAAUGAGUAACCUCGAUUUGACAAAAAUUCUCUCAAAGAAAUACAGGGAACUCCCAGACAAAAAGAAGAAAAAAUACGUGGAUGACUUUGUGAAGGACAAAGAAAUGUUUGUACAGAGCAUGAUGCGGUUCAGGGAAGAGCAUCCAGAUCUGAUGGAGAACAUGACAAAGAAGGCUUCAAAUGUCCCCGAAAAGCCCAAGACGCCUCAACAACUGUGGUACAACCAUGAGAAAAAGGCCUUCCUCAAGACACACCCAGAUGCAACCACAAAAGACAUUAAAGACAACCUGGGGAAACAGUGGACGCAGCUGUCAGACAAAAAGAGGCUAAAGUGGAUCGCAAAGUCUCUGGAACAACAUAAACUAUAUGAGGAGAUAAUGCGCGAGUACAUCCAGCAGCACCCAGAGUUAAACAUGACUCAACAAGAUAUCGUGAAGUCGACUCUGACAAAAGCGGAACGCCAUUUGAAAGACAAGUCCGACGGUCGGCCUGACAAACCGCCACCAAAUGGCUACUCCAUGUUUUGUGCCGAGCUUAUGUCCAGUAUGAAGGACGUCCCCAGCACAGAACGCAUGGUGAUGUGCAGCCAGAGGUGGAAAAUGCUGAAACAGGGCGAGAAAGACGCCUACCAGAGGAGGUGUGAACAGAGGAAGAAGGAAUAUGAAAUUGAGAUGCACCGGUUUCUAAGCACAUUGCCAGAGGUGGAACAACAACGAGUCUUGGGUGAAGAGAAAGUUGGAGUAAGGAGAGGCACUGGAGCCAGCAGCCCAGCUUCUAAAAAGAAAAGCAAGGCAAAGGGCAACGCAGAGAAACCCAAAAGGCCGAUUUCAGCCAUGUUCAUCUUUUCUGAGGAGAAACGCCAAAAAUUACAGCAGGAAAGACCAGAUCUCUCAGACAGCGAACUUACAAGACUCUUGGCACGAAUGUGGAAUGAGCUGCCUGACAAGAAGAAGGAGAAAUAUAAACGCUUAGAAGCCGUUCUGAAAGCAGAGUCCGAAAAGGAGAAGAAUGUGGAUCGCAGCCGUCUCCCGGAUCCACCCAAAACUGCUCAGGACAUCUGGCAGCAGAGCGUCAUUGGAGACUAUCUCGCCAGGUUUAAGAAUGACCGGCCAAAAGCACAAAAAGCCAUGGAAGCGACUUGGAGCACGAUGGAGAAAAAGGAGAAAAUCAUGUGGAUCAAAAAGGCAGCAGAGGACCAGAAAAGAUACGAGAGGGACCUGUGUGAAAUGCGUUCACCGACUGCAGCGGCCAUCGCCUCAGGGAAGAAAAUGAAGUUUGAGGGUGAACCUAAGAAGCCACCAUCAAACGGAUAUCAAAAGUUUUCUCAGGAAAUGCUAUCCAAUGGAGAGUUGAAUCACCUCCCGAUGAAGGAGCGAAUGACUGAGAUUGGCAGCCGCUGGCAAAGGUUACCUCAGAAAGACAAAGACCGCUACAAAAAGAUAGCAGAAGAGAAGCAGAAACAAUACAAGGUCCUGCUGGAACAGUGGCUAGCGAGUUUGUCAUCACAGGAAAGAAAUACAUACAGAGAAUACAACUCACAGAAACGCAAACCUUCAGCCAAACCCGGUGGACCCAAAGCCAAAACAAAGAAAUCUGAGUCUGAAGAAGAAGAAGACGACGAUGAUGAUGAUGACGACGAUCAGAAGGGCUCCUCUGACGCCGACUCCUCCAGCGACGAUGAAGAGGACGAUGAUGACGACGAUAGGGAUGAUGGUGACGAGGAUGACGAAGAUGACGACAGCGAAGAAGAUGACGACGACGAGGCGGAGGACAAAGAGAACAAGUCGGAGGACAGCAGCAGUGAGUCCGGCUCAGGUUCCUCAGACUCGGACUCAGACUGAAACGGACCUACAGAGUCCCACAUGAACUGAGCAGCGCUGAGCUGAGCCAAGAGUCCAGGGAGCUCCGCCACUGUGCCAACCCUGCACCCCUCCUGCCAUCAGAGGGCGCCCUCACCUGUGUCUCAUACACAUUCACUCAUCACGGCUGUGGUUUUCGUCCAGGAGACUGCUCGGUCCAGUUUCCUACCUUCCACAGCACGGCCCACUGACUCCAGUACAAGAGGCGUCCCACUGGUUUGGUGAUGCCGUUCACCUUUGACCUCAGUUUAAAGGUUCAUUGUAAAAGUUAGAGUUUUAAUGUUUGGGGUAAAUUGUUCUUUUAUUUUCUUAUUCUGAUAAAGAGUUAGACAUGAGUUGGGAGUUGUGAACAGGCUUUAUGAAGCCAAAGAUCACUUUAGGGAGGGCGGGUGCGCGGGGAACGGAACUAUUGCACUCUUCAGAAUGUUUCCUUUAUUUUUUUUCCAAAAUCUUCACCGUUAUACUUUUAAUUUUAUGAUGUAGAUUUUAUCUUGGUUUAUAUAACGGUGGUAUUUUUCAGGAAAAAAAACAAGCCAUUAUGAAUGUUUUUCUGUUGCUGGAAAUAUUCAAAAUGUGUUUCCUCAUGUUCUCGUUUUUCAGUCAGUGUCUGUAUAAAGAGUUCUCGUCACUCAGG